GUGAGUGUGAUGAAACCAGUGGAUGGAAUCGGUGGAAGAAGAAAAAAAAAGCGAUCUUUGGUACUAACGAUGCAUCGUGUAAAACGUGUCAGAUUUAGGGCACUAAUGUCCUUCAAUGCAAGAUCAUCUUAGUGUUGAAUGGUGCGGAGUGGAAGAACAGUGAAGACAACAUAGAAUCGCGUUGGCGCGUGCGAACACGAUGAUGAGACCAAAGAUAGUGUUGUUUGGAGAUUCCAUAACAGAGCAAUCGAUCCGAGAGAAUGGAUGGGGUGUUCCGCUAGCCAAUGCCUAUUCCCGCAGGGCUGAUGUACUUGUUCGUGGUUAUGGUGGAUAUAACACUAGGUGGGCUAUGUUCUUACUCAACCACCUUUUCCCUCUGGACUCCACUACACCACCUAUUGCUACCACAAUCUUCUUUGGUGCUAAUGAUGCAGCUUUGUUAGGAAGAACCAGUGAAAGGCAACAUGUACCUAUUGAAGAAUUCAAAGACAACCUUAGAAAAUUUGUUCGACACUUGAAGGAAUGCUCACAAACUAUGCAAAUUGUGCUCAUUACUCCACCUCCAGUCAGCGAGCAAGGACGCCUGGAUUAUGCAAAAUCCCAAUAUGGUGAGAACGCUACCAAAGUGCCUGAAAGAACAAAUGAAGUAACUGGUCAAUAUGCUAAUGCCUGUGUUGAGGUCGCAAAUGAAUUGGGCGUGUGGUAUAUCAAUCUGUGGUCCAAAAUGCAAGAAACAGAUAACUGGCAAACGAAAUUUUUGAGGGAUGGGUUGCAUCUGACAACAGAAGGAAAUACAGUACUUUACGAAGAAGUGAUAAAGGUGUUCAAUGAAGCAGGACUUUCUGUUGAUAACUUGCCAUUUGAUUUCCCUCACCACUCAAAAAUUGAUUCGGAACAUCCUGAGAGAGCUUUCCAGGAGGUUUGUGAUGUCCCAGUGUGAUACUCUGGUCUAGUUUUGCUCUAUUGUACUCUGUUCUACUUGAUGAUCUAAGAUUUUCUUCCAGAACUAUAUUUGAGUCCAAUGCUUCAAUGGAACCAUAAUAAUGAAUAUUUCUCCAAAUGAGGUUUUGGGAUUGAUGUAGUUGAUCUCAUAAUGGGAUAUAAUUGUAGUUGUGUUACUUUAAUAAAUCUAUCGUUGUAAUAAUACUCACGUUGAGAUGCUUAUGUAUGCAAACAUUUAUAAUUUGAUUCA